AAAACAAAAACAAAACUGGGGAAUAUUCUUUAUUGGCGAUCUUUUAAUUUCAGAUGGAGCUACAGGAUGAAUUUUAUAAUAAUGCUGAGUAUAUAGAAACGGCAUCAGGAAAUAAAGUGAGUCGACAGUCUGUUUUGUGUGGAAGUCAGAAUAUAGUUAUUAAUGGAAAAACUAUAAUAAUGACAGAUUGUGUUAUUCGUGGAGACUUAGCCAAUGUAAGAAUUGGAAGACAUUGUGUUGUCAGUAAAAGGGCAGUAAUAAGGCCACCAUUCAAAAAAUUCAGUAAAGGAGUGGCAUUCUUUCCACUUCACAUUGGAGAUCAUGUAUUUAUAGAAGAAGAUUCUGUUGUAAAUGCAGCUCAAGUUGGGAAUUACGUUCAUAUAGGGAAAAACUGUGUUAUAGGCAGACGCUGUGUGUUGAAGGACUGCUGUGCUAUAGCUGACAAUACAGUACUACCCCCAGAGACAGUGGUCCCUCCCUUUACUGUGUUCUCAGGUUCACCUGGACGAUUUACUGAAGAGUUGCCAGAAUGUACUCAAGAUCUAAUGGUGGACGUGACUGUAAGCUAUUAUCAGCAUUUUAAAGCAACACCUUCCAGUAAAUCCAAAGACAGACACAGAUAGGUACAUGUAAAUCCCAGAGUAAAAUGGACGAGGACCAUGAUCUAGUGCAAUAUCAUUAUAAACUUUAUUUAUGAAAGAGUGCUUUGCCUUUCUCAUAUACAGACAUUGCCACAGCACCAUUUACACAUGUAAAUACAAGAAUACAUAAAAGAUUAAUUAAAUAUGAAACUUGCA